UAUGAUGUUAAGUUUCUCUUCCUUUCUCUUCUUUAUCCGCACUCACCGUUUACAGCUACAUUCAGGUAUAUAAAGCGUCGGUUGUCGAUGUUCCAGGACAUACUCACUUCCAGCAGCUGAGCAAGCUACAGCAACUAUGGCAACCAGUCGCUCUGUACUUUUCGUGUUUUGUCUUAUGGUGGCUGCUAAUUUAGCUGAAAUCAACCGCGAAAAAAGAUCGCCUGAUGGACAUGGACAUCAUGGACACCACGAUCACGGACACGAUCACGGACACGGUGCCCCGAUUCACACUCCCGAUGUAGGGACAAAUUUUGGCAGUGCUGCUUCACCUUAUCAGUCGCUACCUGUCCAGCAGCACGAACAUCAUCACGAAGCACAACCUGCUCAACAUCACGAACAUCAUCAGGAACCGGCUCACCAAGCCCAACCAGUUCAACAGUCUUACGAUCAGCAGUCGUUUUCAGUUGAACCUGCUGCUCCCACGUACGACGCCCAGCCAUCCGUUCCGUCCUUCGAUGCCCAUCAAGCUGCUCCUUCGUCUGAUGCCCAUCUAGCACCCCAACAAUCUUUCUUUAAUCCUCCAGCUGCUGAAUUCAAUGCUCCUGAAUACGCACCAUCUGGACCCCAACCGCAUGAAGCCCAAGCAGCACAUUCUUUCGCUCCUCCUGCUCCAGCGUAUAGCCCUCCAGCUCCUGCUUUUGCUCCACCUCCACCAGCAUCUUCACCACCUGCACCUCAGUCUUAUGAAGCCCAACCAGCCCCACAAUCCUACAGUCCUCCAGCUCCUGCAGCUCCUCAAUCCUAUAAUCCUCCAGCUCCUGCAGCUCCUCAAUAUAGUCCUCCAGCUCCUGCAGCUCCUCAAUAUAGUCCUCCUGCUGCGCAAUACAAUCCUGCUGGUCCUCAGUACAGCCCACCAGCUCCUUCUUACUCCCCACCAGUUCAAUCUUACGAAGCUCCCCAACAUUCUUAUGGAGCACCUAAAGCCAAGAAACCCAAGGGUGGUUAUGGUGCCCCAAAGGCCCCUAAAGCCCCUAAAGCUAAGAGGCCCAAGUCCGGAUACGGUGCUCCAAAGGCCAGCAAGAAACCAAAGUCCAGCUACGGACCUCCUCAACAGACUUACGGAGCCCCAGCUCCUUCCUAUCAAGCCCCAACUCCUUCCUAUCAAGCACCGGCCUAUUCUGCUCCAGCUCCUGUUUAUGCUCCACAGGCUCCGCAACAGCCAGCAUAUCCUCCUCAAGCUCCACAGGCUCCACAACAGCCAGCAUAUCCUCCUCAAGCUCCACAGGCUCCACAACAGUCAGCAUAUCCUCCACAGGCUCCACAACAGUCAGCAUAUCCUCCACAGGCUCCACAACAACCAGCUUAUCCUCCUCAAACUCAACGUUAUGGCCGCUAAACAUUUGAAUUGAGUUGGCUGGCUGACUCUUCCAUCAUCAUCAUCAAACGAGCUUUUAAAGUUCUGCUAAUUUCCUUCGCUCAAUUAGAAAUUCUCCGCCUUUUUCCCCGCAAAGCCAUUUAAACUUGACUGUUAUAAUCCAGUUGUUAUUCGUUCACUCGAAUAUUUGCUUCAGCUUUACUGAAUAAAUCAACAACAGAGAAAAUUA